AUGCGACCAUACAAACACGUGCAUUUGUUUCGAUCGGCAGCAGCAAACAACUCUUCGUCCGAUGGACUCUCACCAAAAGAGUCCAAUUGGUUUAGACCAGUAGCCAUUUUACCACUCGAAGAGGAUCUAGCUCGGCAGGAUGAUGAUACUGAACAACAACAACAACCAAUGUAUAAAUAUUCGAUUGGUGUGAGUGAUAGUCAUGUUUGCAUCACAGAAGGAGACUUGGUCUAUUUUUGGGGAGGAAGAAAUUCAACAAAGGGAAUGAUUCAUAUCUAUGAUAUGUCAUUAAAUCGAUGGCUACCUCCAAUUGAAGCUGUCUCAAUUCUUGUUCCACAAACGAGGUAUUACCAUGGCUUUGUGAAACAAGGAAAAGAUCCAAUUUUCUGGCUGUAUGGAGGUGUCAAUCAGGAAGCUCCCAAUGAAUCACAGUGGACCGAUGAAUUCUAUAGCUUCAAUUUAACCACUCGAAUGUGGUACAAACAUGCUAAUGGUCCUUCUAAACUCCGAGGACAUAUUUUCCUUUAUCGAAAAUCCAAUCAUUCCUUACUGCUCUAUUCUGGAAAUGAUUCCUACUCUACCAAUGAAAUGUAUGAAUAUAAUAUUUCUAAAUGCACUUGGAAAAAAAUUUUCCAGAAAAACUACAUUUCUGCUCGUGCCUAUGCAAGUGGAAAUAUUGUAUAUAAUCAAGGAAAAGAGUUGCUAAUUGUUUAUGGAGGAGAUGUCGGAGUUGGAGCACAAGAAUUGAGCGAUGAAUUAUGUAUCUAUGAUUUUGCUGAUCAAAAAUGGAGAAUAGUUGACCUCAUGGGAACCUCAAUACCACCUCCAUUGUUUGGUCAUGCCAAUUCGACAUGCCAAAUUUCUCCAACGGAAUUGUUGAUCUAUGGUGGAUGUGACGAUCAAUAUAUUCCCUAUUCUCAUUGCUUUAUUUUUAAUUUUGUGACAGAACAGUGGAAGGCAAUUAACGUGACUAAUAUCAAAGCAUUGAAUUGUUCUUCCAUGUUUAUUGAUAAGAAACGAGGAAAAAUUCAUCUCUAUGGAGGUUAUGACUCUGGAUCACGAAGUGAUACUUUCAUGACCAUUGAAAUGAAUACCAUUCUCAAUUAUAGAUGUUUGAGAGCAUUUCCAAAUCUAUUUUCAGCUUUAAUUAGGGAUAAUUUAACAGACAUCUCAAUUGUAGCACAUGAUAUUUAUUACAUGCAUGAUUAG